UUGGGAAGUCCAAAAUGAUUAGCUCAUUAAAACUCAAUCUCAUCCUAGUUCUGUCGCUGUCCACAAUGCAUGUGUUUUUGUGUUAUCCAGUUCCAUCUUCUAAGGUGUCUGGAAAAUCUGAUUACUUUCUCAUUCUGCUGAACAGCUGCCCAACCAGAUUGGACAGGAGCAAAGAACUAGAUUUUCUAAAGCCAAUUUUGGAGAAGAUGUUUGUGAAAAGGUCCUUUCGCAAUGGAGUUGGCACAGGGAUGAAAAAAACUUCCUUUCGAAGAGCAAAAUCAUGACUAAGUGUGCAAAGGACUCGGGGAGUUAAUCU